AUGGAAAUGGUCGGAUUCGUCCCCGAGCCCAACUGUGGCCGAGGCACGCUCAGCAUCAUCUGGGCUUGCCUGACGACGAUCAUGUUCGUGGUCUGGACGGCAAUCCACCUGGACUCGCAACGGUCAAUGUCGAGAGUGAUGUGGGGCUUCUUCAUCUUCUUCGUGCCCGAGGCGAUGCCGGCGACCGCGAUCGACCAACUCAUCAAGGCCAUACGGCUGCAGAAGCGGCUCCGAGCCCUCCGAGGCUGGAAGUCCUGGACCCUGAAGCAGUCGUUCCUCAUCGUGAAGAGGGGCGUGAGGGAACUUGGUGGCGGAGAGGUCUUCACGGCUAGCAGGCUGGUGGAGCUCGCCGAGCAGCAGCAGUAUAUGGAAGAGAACCAUGGGGCACAUGGCGGUGGGAUCCACAUGGGAAUGCUCCCAAGCGACGACGCAAUUGACCUCAGGAGCAAGAAGAGCUGGUUUGAGAAGAUGCUCGCGGGUGGGCAGGCGCUGUGGUUCUGCGCCAACGUCGUCUCCAGGCUUGCGAGCGGGUAUCCAGUCACGCCGCUGGAAGACACAACGAUCGCCUACACGUUCUGCGGGCUAAUCGCUAGCGUGGCGUGGCUGCGCUGUCCACAGGACAUUGAGGAUCCGUUCGAGGUUGACUUGGAAGCGGCAGAUGAUGCGGCAAUCGCAGGCGUGGAAUGCGGUUACUCCACAGCCCAGGACAGCAGCAGCAGCAGCAGUAGAACAAGCUUCCCAGUCACGGCGCCAAAUGGGCUCAUGAUGGGCAUGGUGUGCGUCGUGCUGGGCCUGUUCGCGGCCGUUCACAUAGCGGCGUGGGAUUAUCCGUUCCCGUCUGCUGCGGAAGCGUGGGUCUGGCGAUGCUGCUCAGUGGCUAUGCUGCCCCUGGGCCUGCUUAUACUUUUCUACGGAGACAGGUGCCGAUCCAAACACUGGUCUCUUGCGUGGACGGCGCCGGGGCUUGUUCUGGUGCGGCUUGCAUUGUUGACGGUAGCAGCCACAUCAUUUCGACGGAUGCCUCUUUCGGUUUUUGACACGCCUGACUGGUCCAAUUAUUGGGGUCAUAAGGAGACACGCUUGCCAACUCUGGAGUCAGUCAAGGGAUGGGGAGGGCAAGGUGUGUGGCUGAGUGGUAGCAGCAACCUUGGAGUGGCUGGAGUCAGGUUAUCUGUGCUUGCUGAGCCUUCAUACAAUACUCAUCGACCUCGUCGGAAGGAAGAUCGAGAUGGAUUUAUCCGAGGGAUAGACAGCUGGUGCCCACAGUCACACAGUGGGGACCUUCGAAUCUCAAGUUUGUGUGAACUUGCCGAUACCAGGCUAAAGCCUCACCUCGACAAUGUCGACAAUGCCAGCCACAAGUGGACGUACCAGUAG